UAAGGUAAAACCUAUGCGUUUCUUUGGCUCCAUGUCAUCAAUUAUACUUUAAAUGCCUCUAUCCUUCAAACCACAUCAGUUCUUGACUUUAUUUGAUUUAUUUUCUUCAUCCCCAAAAACAUUAUUAUCUUAUUUGAGAAUUGCCUCAUUUGGCAGGAUCAUUACCUAAGAAAAAAAGAAAGAAUGCAGCACAAUAAAUCUGCCCUCGUUCACCUUGCAGACAGUUCAGUAAAGGUAAAGACUAUGAUUAAUGUAUGUCUUCGGGCUAUAACCCAGAGUGCCUAUCUAAGUUUUUUAACCUCUCAAUUAUCGUUUAUCAUAAAGUGACACUGUGAUGUUCUGUAACACUUUGAAUAUAAAAACCCAUUGUGUCAUGGAUGGAUAGCUAUAUUUUACUUAAAUGACACACACAAAUUAAAUUAAAUUAUAUUAAACUGCUUACAGACCAGAUGUUUUCUUUGACCCUUGCUGCUUCACUUCAUGGCCCAGGUAAAUCUUUGGCACCUGGACCUUUUGGCCACAAUAUUAAGCAUUGUAUGCAACCAAUUUGUGUCAUCCUUUUAUAAUGUAAUAUAGAGCUGGGGAAAGACAUGUAGUUUUGGAGCUUGCAAUAGAAAGGGCUCGGUAGUUCCAUGUCUAUUUUCGAAAGCUUGUGAAUGUGAUUCAAGGUAUGUUGUCACACAAAUAUGAAAUGAAAGGAGGGAGGUUUUCUGUGGAGUAAACAAAUUCAUGUAGAUUCCAAGAUUAUCCCUGACAGGAUCAUUCAAAAGAAUUUUGAAUUUAAUCUUUGUAGCAUACCGUGGUGUUAUUUUAAACAUCCCAUGUAUAUGCAUAGCUUGCUGUUUUUGUCACUCUCCACUUGCAGGUUAGGACAGCUCUGCAGUUCCCAUGAACUGAAUAGAGAUAGGGGCAGUUCAGUGAUAGAUUGUUUUUACUCCUAAAUCUGAAAGUAAGAACGUUUCUGAGAAUUUUGUACCAGUUAUGACUGAUUUCCCACUCUGACAAGCUUUAUAAAUAAAAGAAGAGAAGAGAGACAUUAAAAAAGACCUUGUUAUGCAGGGAGCCACCAAGCUGUUCUUGUUGGGACAGGAACACUCAUACAUAAUUAACAGGUGGUCCCCACUGCAGCUUAGUAUUAGCCCCGAGUAGCUGCUGAACAGACUGACUUGCUGGGACUCCUGCCUGUCAAACACGAAGAUGCUGUGGCUGUGUUUUGUGACUCUUAUGGUGACCGGCCAGACUCUUGUCACAGCCUUGCCUCUCCGAACUCCAGACCUGCCAAGACAACUCCAUGCAGAACCACCUGAAGCCGACCAAGAGUUUGCAGAGGAAUAUCUACGGCACUUCUAUGGCUUCAAGCCCAAGUCAGAGAGACAGAAGAGGACUACAGACCCAGAUGAAGAUGCUGAUUGGACGACUGAAUUCUGUGAUAACGUCCAGAAGAUGCAGCGCUUCUUUGGUUUACCUCCAAGUGGAGAGCUGACCAGAGAGACUCUGGCAGUAAUGAAGAAGCCGCGCUGUGGUCUGUCAGAUGUGGAACGAUUUGGAGAGUCAGUUCGCUGGAAGAAGAGGACCCUCAGCUACAGGAUUGCUGGCUACAAGUUCCCUAUCCAGGCCUCAAAGGUUUCCAGAGUCUUCAGAGCAGCAUGGAAACUCUGGUCCAACGUUGCGCCGAUGAAAUUUCGCAAGCGGGGCAGGAAAGAGGCUGACAUUGUCAUCUCCUUUCACCAUGGCGACCAUAAGGACGGCUCACCUUUUGAUGGCAAAGGAGGAGUCCUGGCUCAUGCCUUUAUGCCCGGGUCUGGUAUUGGUGGAGACAUACACUUUGAUGCUGAUGAAGAUUGGAGCUUUAAUUCUACUGGUAUCAACCUUUUUGCUGUAGCAGCCCAUGAAUUUGGACAUGCACUUGGCCUGCCCCACUCAUCUGACCCCGGAGCUAUCAUGUACCCAGCAUACAACUUUGCCCCAAAUAAUGAACCUCAGCUCUCCUUCCGCGAUGUCAAAGAUGUCCAACACCUGUAUGGUAUCAGUCCCCGUUUUGCUUCAGAAUUCUCAAAAAAACCUCCUCCAAGAACACCUGACAAAUGUGAUCCAGAACUGUCCUUUGAUGCUGUAACAGAAUUACAACAAGAGGUCCUGUUUUUCAAAGACAGAUUCAUGUGGCGUAAGCAUCCUAUGUUUGAUGAAACAGGAAUCACCCUGAUUAGCAGUCUGUGGCCGGACACAGUACCCCUCUACUUAGACGCUGCCUAUGAGAAUGUGGAGAAGAAUGUUAUUGUGUUUUUCAAAGGUCGUCAAUACUGGAUGCUGAGGCAGUUAAAACUUGAGGAGGGUUUUCCACGAAACAUCUCAGACUUGGGCUUCCCCUCUAGAAUAAAAUCUGUAGAUGCUGCUCUUCACUUCAGGAAUGACCGCUACACUGUGUUCUUCACUGGCCAUGAGUGCUGGAGGUACGAUGAGCAGCAGAAGAUGAUGGAAGGAUCACCGACACUUAUAGAGCAGCAGUGGCCCGGGAUUCCAACUCCGAUAGAUGCAGCCGUCAUCUAUGAUGGCUUUGCGCACUUCUUCAAGGGAAACAUUCACUACACAUUUGACUCCAGCUCUAAACGUGUGGUCUCCACCGGCCCUGCUAAUGAUCUGCUGGAAUGCAAGGAGAACAAUGAAAUACCGACAGAGAGGAGAUAAUUGAAAGACUGUUCUUCAUGUAGCUUGAUGACGAUGGUGCUGUGUACUUUCUCCAUGUGUAUACACAAGUGUUACAAAACUGUAUAUUAAGCAAUAACCACAAUGUACCUAAUAACAAUUUGGGAACAGAUGAAUAAUCCAGGGAAGUGGUUAAAAGUGUUACCUCAGUACGUAGUACAAUGUUGAAAUAAUGGCAUUUGUACCAGUUUGGCAGUUGUUCUGUAAUGUUGAUGUUACAAAUGUGUUUUUUAAUGUUUGUAUUUUAUUCAAAUGUUGCUGCUAGAUGUGUGUAUUUGUUUGUUUUUGUGUGUGUGUGUGUGUGUGUGUGUGUGUGUGUGUGUGUGUGUAUUUGCUAAAUAAUAUUUGAAAUAUCUUCACAUGUAUUGCAUGUGACCUACAGUUCUUCUAAAGACACCUGACAAAAUGUAAACUGUAUUUUAUGGUUCUACCUUUGCAUCAUCUUUUGGUGAUGAUCACCCAAUUUUUAAUUAAAAUAAUAGUAUUGUUACUUUUUUA